UGAGUGAAGUUGUUGUUCGAUUUCUGUAUCUACUAGAGUUGAUAUCGUGCUGGCAGCACAGAAGUCUGUCUCAAUGCUACGAAGGCUUGAGUCGAUCAAGCAGAGCAAAACAUCCAGCAACUCGACGGCACUCUGUCAGCUCCGUAUUGUGUAUGACUGUUCUUCCGAUCCCUCUCUGGAUCUCAAUGUGUUGCUGCUUUAUUCCUGCCCGUCCAAAAAAUUGUCUUUGUUAUGUGCCUUUGUUGAACGUUGCUCCUGCUCUUCUUCUCUGCUACCCGAUGGGUGUUUCUUACUUCUUCUGCACCAUUGUAAUUCCAUUGCAAGGUUUGACCCGAGCUUCGCUCUUGCUCUCUGCUUUCGAAUUCUGUAUGUGGAUGCUCGGCUGAGGCGAGUAGUUCUGUUUUGGUCGUUGAACGG